GUUUUGAAGUGAAAGGGAAGUAAUAUAUCAUUCGCGAACCAGGAUUUCACCUAAUUCUCCUCGUCACAUGUGCAGGCGACACACGCCCCCUACUCAAGACCGUGCUUGUCCAGGCUCCUUACAGCAUCUCUGAAUGGAAACUGACACAGUAUAUUUCACAACUUCCAGCAACGUCAGUAUCGGUGAUCAAAGUCUCCUUCCUUGAACAUAGUGAGCCGUGUGCAAAACCCACCCCUUUCAUAUACGGUCCAUGCCUGCUUAAGCAGUUGUCGGUCGGAAACCAACCAGAAUGGAUCCCAGUCAAUACCCAGGUGGCGCACCCCCCGCGGGUGCUGUCGGUGCGGUACCAGGCCAAGGACCACCACCCCAGGGUCAGCCCUACCCCCAGGGUCCUGGGGCACCGGCUAACUACGGAGCGAUGAAUCCUAAUCAGACUAAGGGUGAAGCUGGCAAACUGCCCGGGGGACAGGCAGCUCCAACCCCAUCCGCCCCCUCCCUCAAUGAGAUGGACAACGUAGGGGGGUACGAGAAUGUCGGCUUCUCAGACAAUUGUCUCCCUCCACCGUCGUAUGACGAGUCUGUGCAACCCCCAACAGAGAGACCGGAGAUCAAGGGGGUGGACGUAGUGAACGAGGACCAGGCUCGCGAGGCCCUGAUGAUGUAUGUGGCGGAGCACUGCUGUUACGGGAAGGGCGCUGCCGAGACAAUGAAGUUCACCCAGCUGCAGCCAACCAACGCCUUCCAUUACACCAUGGAGACAUUCUGUGAGUCGCGAUCGACUGCCUGGGCCUUCGAGCCAUUCUGUGGUCAGAUCCUUGACACCCCGGCAAAUGGCCCCGCCCCAGGGCCGUGGGACAUCACCCCCAGCCCCGGCCCCACAAUGUUCCAGGACGGCAAGAUGGACCUGGAGGUACCCCACACAUCAUCCGUCAAGGCCUGCCACAACUGCUGUGCCUCCGGGUGGAUCCAGUGCAACAAAUGUUUCGGUUUAGGGAGGGAACAGUGCACGUUUUGUAACGGUCGUGGGUGUUCGAGGCAGUAUAUCGACGGCGACUGGGUGGACCGCUCCUGCACGAGCUGCAACGGCAGGGGGAUGAGGACAUGUCACCGUUGCCAUGGUUGCGGACGCAUCACGUGCACGCUGUGUGACGGCAAAACCAGACUGAAGUGCUACAUCAAGCUGACAAUACUAUGGGUGAACCAUGUGAACGAUCACAUUGUGGAGAGGACGGAGCUUCCAGACCAUCUGAUCCGGGAGGUGACGGGCCACCAGGCCUUCCAGGAGACAGCUCCCCGGGUGUUUCCAGUAAAUCACUUCCCAGACCAGGAAAUCAACGCCGCGUCCAAGAGGAUCGUGGGGUCUCACGCAGGGGCCUUUCCAACUGAGCGUAUACUUAUGCAGCGCCACCAAGUACGGAUCGUGCCCGUCACCCAGGCCUUCUUCAACUGGAAGGAGAAGGAUUCUGACUUCUUUAUUUAUGGUUUCGAGAACAAGGUUUUCGCCCCUAAAUACCCACAGACCUGCUGCUGGGGCUGCACCAUCCUCUAGAGACGCCAGACCAACAUCAUCUAGAGACGCCAGACUAACAUCAUCUAGCGAAACACCAGACUAACAUCAUCUAGAUACACACACCACAUCAACAUCUUCACGAGACAAAAGCCAAACAAACAUCCUCUGAACACGCACGGGACCAACAUCAUCUAGAGACACGUCAGAACAACAUCCUCUAGAGACACGCCAGACCAACAUCCUCUAGAGACACGCCAGACCAACAUCCUCUAGAACCACGCCAGAACAACAUCUUCUAGAGACACGUCAGAACAACAUCCUCUAGAGACACGCCAGAACAACAUCCUCUAGAGACACGCCAGAACAACAUCCUCUAGAACCACGCCAGAACAACAUCUUCUAGAGACACGCCAGAACAACAUAAUCUAGAGACACGCCAGAACAACAUCUUCUAGAGACACGCCAGACCAACAUCCUCUAGAGACACGCCAGACCAACAUCCUCUAGAGACACGCCAGACCAACAUCCUCUUGACACGCACGGGACCAACAUCUAGCAUAACAUACACACAUACACGCUUUGGAAACUACCUUUUAUGAACAUUGUUGUUAACUCAUGUAAUGUUUUAUACCAUGAGCUUCUAGUUUGUUAUAUUCACAGGAAGACAUCUUUGAAUGUUCACAUUGUCUGUUAAACAGUUCAUGUCAUCGAGUAUGAGUUAGCAGCCACGACAAAAAAAACGCCCUGGGCCCCGUUUCACAAAGCGAUCUCAGCGUUACGACUGUCUUUAGCGUUUAGUGAGUAUGUGUUAAUGAUAGGUACGAAGACUGCAUGGUAGACUAUCAUACAAACUGUCAACACUACGUAUUGCAAUGCGAUCACAGUGGUUCGGUAUGUUGAGAAAAUUCGCAAAUAAGUAUCAUCAUUAUUUACAUAAAUUCAAAUGCCUAGUACAACUAAUUUCAUCCCAAUAAUAUUCCAGUACGCACUGCUAUUUGUCAUAGUUUUGACUCCCUUCAUCACAAUACAGAACUAUGUAUCGCUAUACAUUGCAAUACAAGAUCCCUGGCAGUACACAGCCUCAUCACUGGUACGGUAACAGAAGCACUCUGAUUGUGUAGUAAUGUGUAACGGGGCCCAAGUUCUUUUGUACCGAAGCAGCAUUUAAUUAGAGGAACAUUUUGCCUUAUCAUUCGUGACAGUUGUUUGUUAGUACAGGAAAUUCGCGUAUAAGAACGCUAGAAGCGAGUAAUCCCUUUAUUUAUUCAUUUAUUGACGAUAUUUCCAAUCCACGUCAACACUCACGUUGAUGUUCAGUGACAGUAGGUAAUAAAUAAACUUAUCAACCUGUGCACAGUUUCUGCUUCCUCGUAAGGAAACUGAUUUGUAAGGAAACUGGUUUAGUUUCCAACUUUAUUUACAAGAACUCAUUGUGUCAGAACUUUGCUAAGUUUGUAUACCAUGCCGCCAGUCAUCUGACUUCUGCUGUAAAUUGGCCUAAAAUACUCAAUCUAUACAAGUACUUAUGUUUUUGCAUAAUCGUUAAAAAAUGCAAUAUCUUUUUUAUAAUAUGUACACAUCCAUGUGAUCAAUAAAAUACUUGUUUUACCCGU